AUGUCCUCGAAAGGCCAUUUUGGAACAAUGUCCUCGAAAGGCAAACAUCAACCAGUGACGUUGUCUGUUCUACUGGAACGAGAAUCGACAAAUGGAAAGAUAGAGAAACCUGAGAUUGUACAUGGACUAGCGAGCCAGACCAAGAAAGGGGAGGACUUUACGUUGCUUAAAAUGGAUUGCCAAAGAACAAUGGGAGAUGGUGUCACCACAUUCUCAGUUUUUGGGCUCUUUGAUGGCCACAAUGGAUCUGCUGCUGCUAUUUACACUAAAGAGAAUCUCCUUAAUAAUGUCCUAAAGGCUAUUCCGACGGAUCUUAAUACAGAUGAAUGGGUUGCUGCGCUGCCAAGGGCUUUGGUUGCUGGCUUUGUUAAAACUGAUAAAGAUUUCCAAGAGAAGGAAAAAAUAUCGGGAACAACUCUAACAUUGGUGAUAAUAGAAGGAUGGGUUAUAACAGUCGCAUCUGUUGGUGAUUCCCGGUGUAUAUUUGACUCAGCUGAUGGUGGAAUAUAUUACUUGUCAGCUGAUCAUAGGCUUGAAUGCAAUGAAGAGGAAAGGGAACGAAUAACUGCUAGUGGGGGUGAUAUUGGUCGGUUAAAUGCUGGUGCCGGUACAGAGAUUGGUCCCUUGAGAUGUUGGCCUGGAGGCUUGUGUCUUUCACGUUCCAUUGGCGAUAGGGAUGUUGGGGAGUUCAUUGUUCCUGUUCCAUACGUACAGCAAAUAAAGAUGUCUUCAGCUGGUGGUAGGAUGAUCAUCUCUAGCGAUGGUGUUUGGGAUGCCUUAUCGGCUGUCGAAGCUCUUGAUUGUUGUCGCAGAAUGCCAACAGAUGUAGCAGCUGCACAGAUUGUGAAACACUAUGCCCUUCUGCCGUUGCUAUAUUUUAGUAUCAGUUGCCUUUCUUAUAUAUCUUACGACUCCUUGGUCUCCAAUGAACAGGAAGCUUUGAAGGCUGAUGGUCUUCGAGACGAUACAACCUGCAUUGUUAUUGAUAUCUUACCACCAGAGAAGCCAGCUCCUCCUCCGAUACCACAAAAAAAGCUAAUAAAACGCAUAAUGUCAUUAUUUCACAAGAAACCUUCUGAAUCGUCUUCUCAUUCUGAUAAAAAAUACAAGGAGCCAGAUGAGGUGGAGGAAUUAUUUGAAGAGGGAUCUGCUAUACUUUCAAAAAGGUUGGAUACAAAAUAUCCAGUGUGCAACAUUUUUCAACUGUUCAUGUGUGCAAUCUGUCAGUUAGAGUUGAAACCUGGAGAAGGUAUUUCCGUUCAUGCUGAUUCUUCUACUUCAGUGAAGUUACGUCUGUGGGAUGGUCCUUUCCCUUGCUCUAGUUGUCAGGUGAAGAAAGAAGCCAUGGAAGGGAAAAGACCAUCGGGAGAUAGAUAGAGCAGUGAAAGUAACUAGCCAGGCCUCUCCGAUUACUUUGGCAUGUUAUGGGCUAUACCAAUCGUUUUUGGAGGUGGUUAUUAAUGGGGAAGAUGGUGCAUUCUUACUACAGUGGCUACCUUCAAAUUUCUUAUUGGAGGGCAUGGAACUCUCUGUCCAUUUGCAAUCGAGGAUCCAGAUGAAUCUAUACUCCCAAUCCAAAGAUCAGUGUUGAAAUGUGUUUAGAUUUCUCAAAACUACCUCAAGUGGUAAUAGAAAAGGAAAUUCUAAAUACAAAAUGAGAAAAGACGGGCAGAAGGGUUUUAGUCUCGGCAAUGUCUACUGGCAUUGCGUCAGAGCUCUUUAUGUUUGCUGGACUAGACUCCAAAGAAAGCUGUAAC